AUGGGCCAAACGUCAUCUCAAGAAGUGACUCAGAAGAAUAAGCCAGAUCUUGUUAUGUGUGACAUUUUCAGUCGAGCUGUGAUCUUUGCGGCUCAGAAACUGAAGGACUAUCUUGGAUUUGUAGAUCCUCUAAGCAAACUGUCCCCAGAUGCCAACACACUGAAUGAGAUCUUUUUAAUUCAUUUUAUUAGCUUCUGUCAUGAAAAUGGAAUGGACGAGAAGAUCACUACUAACAAAAUGACCAAGAAUCAGGCCUUGUUGUUUGGGGCCGAUUGGAUCUGGACCUUCUGGGGAUCUCAGAAGGAAAUCCUGUUUCAGCUGGCUGUCCAGACUUUACAGAUGUCCACAGACUUCCAUAUUGAGUCGAUUCCCCGUGACCUGCUCAGCAAGGAAGCUGUGUCAGACGUGCAUUCUAGGGAGGAAAAUCGAUUUGAGAAGAUGGAGGAAUUCUGUAAUUUGAUAGGUGAGGACUGUCUGGGUUUAUUUAUCAUCUUUGGUGUUCCAGGAAAGCCUAAAGACAUCAGAGGAGUUCUCUUGGACAGUAUCAAAAACGAGAAAAUUCAAAACUGCCUGUCAGGAGAGAAGGCUCUGAAACAUUUUAUCUUAAACACAAAGAACUGUCUAUCUACCAAAGAACUGUUAGAAAACUAUCUGUGUAAAAACGAUAGGCUGAAUAAGAUAGGCAAAGUUUAUAUUAAUUUUCUCUGAAUUUUAGGUACGUUAAGUAGACCAAGAAAAUAUAAACCCAUGUGUCAAGCAAAGAAUUCUAUUCUUUCAAGCCUAAGAGCAUUAUUUAAUGUUACAGCAUUAUUUAGUGCACUAAUUGGGUUUAGGACAGUAUUGUAUACACUGACAAAUUCAUUUCUUUUGGUGGCAAAAAUUAGCUAAGCCACAUUCCAAAUGAUUGUAUUAUUGUGAUCAUGAAAAAGAAAAAAAAAAGCCAUGAAGAUCUUUAGGGGGAAAAAAACCACAUAGUUCAAUGUAACAUUUCUUCAUUUGCUUGGGAAGCCAAUACUAAAUAAAACAACUCUGAAAGUUUGCUUUGCAA